AUGAACAUAGCUCGCCACAAACUGAUCCACACGGGGCUGAGAGUGUUCGUCUGCGAUCUCUGCGAGUAUCGCACCAACCAGAAGUCCAAUUUGGAGUGCCAUCGCCGGCGGCACGCCAAGGACUAUAGCUUCAAAUGCGAGACGUGCGGCAAGGGCUUUUUCCACAGGACCGAAUACCUGGAGCAUCAGAACGCGCAUACGAAUAAGAAUCUGUAUCGUUGCGAGCACUGCGGCAAGCAUUACUUGUACAAGAAGAACUUGUCCGUGCACCUGAUGACGUAUCACGCCGGCAAACAGACCGCCGCGGCGACGAGGAAUGCGAGGGCCAGGCACGCGUGCAAGUUCUGCCCGGAGAGAUUCGUGUACAAGAGGCUGCUGGAGAGGCACAUGAAGAGCCAGCACGGAUUCGCGGACGCCCCGGCGAAGCACCUGUGCGACGUGUGUGGCGCGGAAUUGUCGUCGAGGAGACGACUAAUGGUGCAUAGGCGCAGUCACGCGGGCGUAAGGAUUUUUGAGUGCGACACGUGCAACAAGAGGUUCGCCAGUAAGGAGAACCUGGGCAUCCACAAGCGGACGCACACGGGCGACAAGCCGUACGUGUGCCCGCAGUGCGGCCGCAGCUUCACGCAGAGGACAUCUCUGGUCCUGCAUCAGCGGUACCACUCGGGUCACAGGCCUUACCAGUGUCAGGAGUGCGGCAAGGGAUUCGUGUCCAACACCUUGCUCAAGAGGCACAGCAAGGUGCACGAGAGGGCCAGACAGCAGAUGCUGUGA